ACAACGGAUAUUCGUCGAUCUCGUCUCGUCCGCCGUGGAAGUUCACAUCAGUGUUCAGUGUUUACUUCGCCUAGAUUGAAAUCGAUUCGUUGUGUGCAGCGGUGGCGACUCUGCCUUUGGAUGCGACUCGUGUGAACUACUCCGUUUUCCCCAGGUGGAGGUUGUUCCGUCCGUCCGGACAGAAGUGUUUUCCCGAACAAGACCAAAGUGAAGAUACAACGUUGAUACAUUUUGCUUGAUGUUCCCCCCCUAGCAACAGUAUCUACUGAAAACGUCGCAAUUUUGGAAUGAUUAUAUUUUCGGUUCUGCUGGAGGAAGAAGAUCUGGAAAAAUCAAGACACGGAAUCGUCGCGGGUGCAAAAGAAUAUAAAAUCGAUGAAAAUUCUCCUUGAUAUAAGGAGCUGGUAAUCAUUAAAUUGUGAGGAAAAGUGUCAAGGAAAAAAUCGAAAUUUUCAUCGGCAGCAAAUACAAAAAAAAAAUGCAGAGUGAAAGUGCAUAAAAUAGAGAAUAACGGCUUACAUGUAACCAAUUUUCUGUAUGUGUAGUAAUCGCCAAUAAAGCGAGAAGAGAAAGGGCAUUCUUCCUUAUGAAAUCGAGAAAGCAGCAACAGGGAAAAUUAAACAAGCCCUAGUGAUGUAAAAAAUAUUUUAAAUCAGCGAAACAAAGCAAAAAACAGUGAACGGAAAAGAAAAUAAUCCACCAAACUUAUCAACAGAGCAGUCAAAAUUUUUCUCAAUCCCAAUCUCUCGGCUGCCGCCUCGCUGCUGCUUCCCGUGGCAGAAAUGGACGAAGAGGAAGAGGUGGCCGAUAUCCGGGAGCAGAUCUUCCACAACACCGUCCGGGAGCAUAUCAUUUUCCUGUUACUAUUUCUGCUGCUGUAUCUUGGCAGUUUUGCGCUGAUCGGUCGCUUCAGACGCCGCGACCGGGAGGAUUUAUUCUCCACAGACGACGAUGAGAUUACUGUAUAUAGAAUUAGUUUAUGGUUGUGCACAUUUUCAUUAGCCGUGGCCGUGGGUGCAGCACUGCUCCUGCCGAUAUCGAUCGCCAGCAACGAGGUGCUGAUACUGUAUCCCAACAGUUACUACGUGAAGUGGCUCAACAGUUCGCUGAUUCAAGGUCUCUGGAAUCACGUGUUUCUGUUCUCCAACCUGGCACUGUUCGUGCUGCUUCCGUUUUCCUAUCUAUUCACCGAAUCGUCCGGCUUCAGCGGCCACAAGAAGGGAGUGAUGGCACGGGUCUACGAGACGUUUACCGUGUUCUCGUUGCUCGCGUUCAUCGUAUUCGGCAUGACAUAUGUCAUCUCGGCGCUACGUGAUCCCGAACGGAACACCUUCCAGGCGCUGUUUAAUCUGGGAAAAUAUCAUCUGCCAUUUCUAUACUCAUGUGUAUCAUUUCUAGGAGUACUGUUAUUGUUAGUGUGUACCCCCAUGGGCUUCGUAAGACUGUUCGGCGUCGUCGGCCAGGUGUUGGUCAAGCCGAACUUGCUACGCGACGUCAACGAAGAAUUCCAUGCCUUCAACCUGGAGGAAGCAACCGUACGACGCAAGCUGGCGAACGCCAACAUCAAUAUUGAGCUGAAAAGCGUAACGACGGUCGAUUCCGCACCGUCCAAGCUGUGCGGAGCCCUAGAGGAUUUGUAUCAAAUCCGGCCGACAAACGGCGGCAGCAUCAACGAGUCCGCCAAACUUUUCGAAAGACUGAGAGAACUUGAGGCUGAACGAAAAUUACUAGAUAAGCAACGCAGCUCGUCAGCGUUGCAGAGAAAUCUUGUCUAUCCGGUAGCAAUGUUGCUAUUACUUCUACUGACCGGAAUCACCGUAUUGCUGGUCGUCCAGAAUACGUUGGAAUUGCUGAUUGGAAUCAAAGCCGUUCCACUGAGUACUCGGCAAUUCACCCUGGGAAUCACUUCCCUCUCCAAGCUAGGGCCCCUGGGGGCCGCCCUCGAGGUGUGCAUCAUCAUGUACCUCGGGGUAACUUCGGCGGUAGGUCUCUACACGAUGCCAUUCAUGCGGAACGUUCGUCCGCAGCGACGAAAGACGUCUCUCUCACAGCUGAUUGCCAACUGCGCGCUGGUGUUGAUCCUCAGUUCCGCGCUGCCAUUGCUGUCGCGCAUUCUCGGAAUCACCAACUUCGAUCUCCUGGGCGAUUUUGGCCAGAUCGAGUGGCUCGGCAACUUCAUGAUCGUGCUGCUGUACAAUGUGAUCUUCGGUACGGCGGCCACGCUCUGUCUGGUCAACAAGUUCACGGCGACCGUGCGGCGGGAGCUGUGCGCACGCGAGCUAUUCACCUACCUCAACCAACACGCCCUGGACGAUGGCAAGUUUGCCAUCAACAUGGCAUCCAUCUUCGCCUCCCGCCAGCUGGACGACCUAGUGAUAAAGGAAACCAAACUGCGUAACGCGAUGCUCACUAUCCUGCAGGAGAACUUCCGAGCCAUCGAAGGACUGAAGCGGGAAGGCGUAUCCAGAUUUUACAACUCGGUGACACUGCUGGGAGAGUACUACAAUAAAAAGCGAUUCGUCAAUGGAAAGCGGAUACUGAUCUUGGGGCAGAGUUUGCUUCUCCUGCUGACAACGGAGCUGGAAAAGGAGAUCGAAAAGUGCGAAGAAACCAGCGCGCAUACGAUCGAUCCGGACUUUGCUAAACUGAUACUGUCCCAGGUAACGCUGAACGGGGGCGAAGCCAAGAUGGAACACAGACAGGAGAUUGAUGAUCUCAACUAUUCGAUACGAAAAUGCCUGAUCAAUGUGUCCACAAUGCUGCCGAAGACCAAAGCUUAUCUGUUGAUGUCGUUGGAUUUGUUUUAUACCAAUUUCAAUCUCAGUUCAACAUUGUUGGAGAAACUUUACGGAAAAUAUUUGUUUGAACCGGAUGAGGACACAUCCACGAAGCAGCCUGCUGACCCGAACAACGAAGUUGAAAAGAAGGAAGAGAGUUCUGUUUCGAACCAAUCUGCGCCGCCCAAGUCCAACUCGAACGAAAGCAGUUCGGCAACUACCCCGAAGAAAACCCCCGAAAAGACUGACAAUGUGAAAAAGCAAGGUGGUAGAGCUGCUGGAUCGUCAGUCAAGCCGAGAAAGAAAGAAGUUAGGGCUGAUACAGCCAGUAGUCCGGCUGCAAAGUCACCAAUCACAUCACCCAAAAAGCCUGCCAUUAAUGUCACCCGGAAACCUGCCGUUUUGAAUCACACGUCUCCCAGGAAAGACCAACGACCAAAACCAGCUCCUUCGCAGAAAACCCCACCGCAACGGAGAAAUCUAUCGGAAAGACUCAAACCCGUCACACCGGACCAAACAACACCGAAAAAUCAAAGCAACGGUCCAAAAGCGGCCAAAACACCGGAGAAUUCUUCGGUGCUGAAGCAAAACUGCAAACCGUCCCCGAAAAAUUCCGUAAGUCCUGGCCAGAGCUCCAAUUCCCCUGGCAGUGCCACCAACAUAAAGCUAUCGAUGCCGAACCCGGUCAGUCACGAAGACAACGUGGAAAAUCUCGCCUGGGAUGAUCUCACCCUGGAGGACGAAUCACCGCAGAAGCUCCAUCCUCACACCAAGUCGUUCCUGACGUUCCUGGCGCAGAAAUGAUCGGCAUCGGCGGCGACUACUAUGAGUGGACGAACAUUUUGUGCCUUCAUGUGCAUUUUAGAACUUUUGUCUGUGUUAAAUGUCAGCUUGUGAUAUUGCACUUUUGUACGGAUAAGAAUUUUAUUGUAGAAAAAAAAAAAAACAGUAGGAAUGAAGGAGAGGUGUCCGUUGAGGGCUUUCUUUCCGGAAAUUAGCAGAUAAGAUAAGCGGCAUGUAGUAGUUCUUUUCAAUGAUAGUUUUAGAAUUUUUCAUAUUUUUUUUAAUGUCUGUCAGUUUAAAAUUGAAUACAUCCGUUCAAUUUAAAAUUGAAAUGUGUUUUUGCUGCAUUUGUCUCUUAAUACUUAAACAAUACUUAAAACCUAUCAAUUGUAUAAGUGUAUAUUAGGAUAGGUACUACAAUUCGAAACUAAUUAGGGAGAUGUAGACUCAGGAUCGCAGAUUGAAGAGAAAAAAAAAGCGAACGCGCGAAUCUAGCGAUUUUUAUACACAGAUUUUUUAGUAAAUGGUUGCUUCUUUCGUGGUAAGGGUAAAAUGACAGUUCUUAGCACAACACCCGAAUAGACGCAAUGUACAACGGACAUAUCAUUCGCAUGUAAGGAACUACGAUUGCAGGCGAAUAAAAGUUUUGAAGAAAAACAGAA